UUGAUAAAUUCGUUUUUGUCGUUCGACCUUCGGCAAAGUUUUGUCAGGAGGUUUCAAAAACUUAAGUUUUGGCUCUGUCGAAAUGUUUUCUCAUUUGAAGAACGUCAUUUCGUCAAGAAUCAAAUUUGACGCUACUCCUGUUAAGUUGAAAAAUAAAAAAGAUGAAGGACGUGCUCCUCCUGCUGGUGGAAACCCAAAAAUUUCGAUUUUCACAAAACCCAAUAAAGGAGACGAAAGGAAUAAUAAGGAUUCCUCUGCUCACAAAAACAAAAAGAAAAGUAAAAAAGAGCCAAAUUCAGUAAAUAAAGUUGUUUUUACAAACUGUUCGGGCCUUCAUUUAGGGAAUAAACAUUACAACAAUGUCACAAAAGUUGUAAAUAAUAAUUAUUCCAAGAAAGCUCAUCCAAGUGAUUCUGAUAGAAAAGAAACAAACUCUGACAGUAAAGUAGAAUCUGAACCAGCAAUCAGCACAUCUAGAGAAAUACCAAAAGAAGUUAAAGAAUCUUUCAACAGCAUUAAGAUGGUAACACAGCCAGAUUUUGAUAUUGUAAAAACAUUUGUAUUUGACUGGAGAAAACUUCAGAAAAGGCUGUGUCCAUAUAUGGCUGAAGUUCCUACAAAUCUAGCAGAGGAAGAGAUCAUUUUCUUCAUACUGCAGGACUGGAUUCAGGCUAAUGCUAGAAGUGCCACGGUAGGAAUGUUAUGCAGCGAUUUGUGGGAAAUAGGCGAAGCCCAGGCUGCAAAAAAAUUGGCAAUAGCUCAUAGUUAGAAUCGGCGUUGGCAUAUUUAAUGUGAUUGUUUUGUAAUAAGACUGAUUUGUUUUUGUUUUUUUGGUUAAGGAAAAAUUUUAUAUUAUUAAAAAUAAUUCAUUAGCAAUUAUAGUAUAAUAUAAUCUACCAAUUUGAUCUAUUUAAACAGAUUUAUUUAAUAGAAAAAAAGUAAAAAGAUUUAAUUAUAAAUACUUACAGCA